GACACCCGACACUCGCCUUUGCAGGCGCGACCGCUCCCCCCCGAGUUCCCUCCAAACGUCUCGACGACGGCGGCCCGACCGGCCGUCCCUUUCUGCAACAAUGGGGUUUGGGGACUUCGACAGCAUCUGCCACAUGGCACCGCUGCCGCUAUGCUCGUCAAUAGGCCCGAUAACGUCGAUCGCGAGCGGCGUGGGAAUAGAGCCGGACUGCUAUGCGCGCAACAUUGAGCUAGCGAACACCAUCAUUUUCCAGGGCGCCGCGAGCGCCAUGCACAUCGCCGCGCUGAUCAUGACCGUAACCAUGGUCUUGCAUGUGCGGGGGAAGUUUACGGCAGUUGGCCGAAAGGAGAUCACUACUUUCUUCUACCUCUACAUGCUGCUCACCUCCCUAUCGCUCGUCAUCGACGCCGGCGUCGUACCACCAGGCUCGGCGCCCUACCCCUACUUCGUCGCCGCACAAGCCGGGCUUUCCUCGGCCACCGUCACAUGCCUGAUGAUCAACGGCUUUGUCGGGUUCCAGCUAUACGAGGACGGCACACCGCUCUCGCUGUGGAUGCUGCGGCUGUGCUCCGCCGCCGCCUUUGUAAUAUCCUUCCUCGUCGCCCUGGCGACCUUCAUGUCGUGGGCCGGCCUGGGCCCCACCAACACGGUCGGGCUCUUCGUGGUGCUGUACCUGCUCAACGCGGUGCAGCUCUUCGUCUACGUGGUGCUGCAGAUCCUGCUGGUGACGCGCACGCUUCAGGACCGGUGGCCGCUGGGCGACAUCGCCUUUGGCGUCUUCUUCUUCGUCGUCGGCCAGGUCAUCCUAUACGCCUCAAGCACCCCGAUCUGCAACGCCGUCAGCCACUACCUGGACGGCCUCUUCUUCGCCACGACCUGCAACCUGCUUGCUGUCAUGAUGGUCUACAAGUACUGGGACUCGAUCACUAAGGAGGAUCUCGAGUUCUCGGUCGGCACGCGCAUGAACAACUGGGAGGUCAAGGACUUGCUGCCCGAGGAGGACCGCCGCGCGACGGUUUACCACGACGAUCCCUACGGCCAGUCGACGGCCUACGACAACUCGUACUCGCCCAGCCCGAACCGCCAUUCGAGGUACUAGGGCUCCCGAUGCACGGCCGGGGGUUGUUUGGCGGCGCGGCACUAAGUAUAAUCCAGAGACUUUCGUGGCGUUGGUUGAGUCGCAAAUGGUUGUGAGGGCCGAGGCAGCCGUGCCGCAGGUUUCCCGAGAGAAAUGCGAUGUACUGCAUGAAACUUUCUCUUCUGUUUUGUCAGCAUCAGCGUGUUGGUCACUUCUGUUGAUUUUCUUUUCUGGCGUUAGUAUGGGGGCUUGGAAGAUAGCAGUGUCGGCGGUCAUGAGGUGGGCACGGAAGACCUGGGACUACUGGACAUCAACGACGUGUCUUAAUACUGCUCACACGGAUUCCUACUUCUUCAUCGAACAGCCGUACC